AUAAUUACAGUGAAUGUCAACGGCAAUUGACUCGGUUCCAUUCUUUCUCGAUACUAACCUCCAGGAUAGAGGCAUCGAUGAACCGAAUGGUUGACGAGACAAGGACGGUUCAUUUUAGCGCCAUUCUUCAUCUGCAACUCCGUGAGAUCGUACGCAUCGUCAAGCUUUCUGAUCUUCCAUGAAACUUGAAGGGUCCUCAUUUCCAUGGGGGCCAGAUCGCUGAAGAGAAGGCCCAUUAAGCAGCAUAACCUUGAACCUCAGGCUUCCAUGGCUUCUUCGCGGCGUAAGUUGGGUUCUCAUAAAAAGUUCUCUGUGCUUCUUUCGGUUUCUCUAGCCCUUGCUGUCAUUGGUCUCUUCAUCAUUUGGUCGAACAGUAGGUGCAACAUUGAACCCGGAGUAUCGUAUGAGAUUAUUCGUGUGGUCAACGAAUUUCCUCACGAUUCUGACGCCUUUACUCAGAUAAUGUUUAUCUUCGGCAUCUUACUUUUAUUGGGCCUUCUUUAUGCUGAAAAUGAUACCUUGUUCGAGUCAACUGGUCUUUAUGGGAAGUCAUCUGUCAGGAAAGUUUCUCUUCAUACUGGACAGAUUGAAAUUCUUCAAAAGAUGGAUGAUUCUUUGUUCGGGGAAGGCUUAACUCUUAUUGGUGAAAGGCUGUUCCAAGUGACCUGGUUGCAGAAAACUGGUUUCAUAUAUGACCGGAAUAAUUUAAGCAAAUUACAGCAAUCCACUCAUGAGAUGAAAGAUGGUUGGGGUCUGGCAACUGAUGGAAAAGUCUUGUAUGGAAGUGACGGCAGUUCAACAUUGUAUCAUAUUGAUCCUCAUACAUUUAAAGUUAUAUCUAAACAAGUUGUCCACUUUAAAGGACAUCAAGUACACAAUCUCAACGAAUUGGAGUUUAUAAAUGGUGAAAUUUGGGCCAAUGUAUAUAUGACUGAUUGCAUAGCAAAGAUCUCUCCAAAGGAUGGUGGUGUUCUUGGAUGGAUUCUCCUCCCAAAUUUGAGGCAAGAACUGAUUGCAGCUGGUGGGAUUAAUGGUAUUGAUGUUUUGAAUGGCAUAGCAUGGGAUAGUGAACAAAAGAGAGUUUUUGUUAUCGGAAAACUAUGGCCAAAGCUUUAUGAAAUCAGGCUUUUUCCUAUAAAGAAAUCAUUUAAGGAGGGGGUUAUUGAGCAGCUUUGCUUGCGCAAGCCUUUCAGGUUUACAACUUAGCUGUUUGUACACACUUCGAAGCAACUUCUUUGGAAGACUGGGCAGCCAAACUCAGCUUUGGAAAUGGUAUUUAAAAAGGGAAGUCAAUAAGUCUGUCAAUUGGCUUACUAAAGCAGCCCAUGGUCUUGAUGUUCAUUUGUUGUACUUAAUUAACCCUCCCAUUGGAUGCAGGAGUUUAAUGGAGCUAGAUAUCCAUGGCAGCUAGAGUGCUCUGUUUUAUUUUGUUGUUGUUUGUUUGUUUAUUAUUAUUAUUAUUAUUUUUUUGGGUGCUUUUUGUUUCCUUUCAUUCGAGGGGGAAAGUAAAUGAAAUGGUAUUGUAACACAGCAACCUCAACAUAUUUAAUAGUGGAAAAUGCAUGCAGCCUCACAAGUGCCUUCUUGUACUGAGAACUAUUGUUCCAUUUAGAGUGAAACACGCUAUUGUUCAAACAA